GAGCUACGCUAUAAUAUUACUGUCUUACAAAAUAUUUUUUCUUUCACUUUUCAUUAGCUCUGUCGUAAACAAGGAUAAGUUUUUUAAUUAGAAUUAAUAAGAAUCGUGGUGACACAUUGUCAAGUGGUUUUAGAGUGCAAGCGUUUUUAUUGUUCUCGAUUAUCAAGCGUAAAAGUUAUUUUGCUUGAAAGUAUAUUCGUCACUAAAAGGUCCUUGUAGAAAGUUUUUCCUGUUCACUCCUGUCCAAACUAGAAGUCAUUWAAUCACCGAGCAMCAUCAACUAAAGUUCAUUGACCACAGAGAUAUUCAUAUACCGUUACAGACAAGAACUCAAAGAUUUUGCACUUGAUUUUUGUUUCAAAAAAGAACAUAACACAGAAACCGAUUUAAUGUUGUGAAGAACUACUACGGAGGUCCAGCUAUUCUAGAAAGAUACUCGUCUGUUGGAUCUAAGCUGAAGACUGCCCGUUGUUAUGGCAGAGCUGGAAGCUGGUGAGAUCGUCAGCCUAAAAGAACAAUUGUUUAUUGCCAUUGAACAUGGAGAUAAUGCUGCUCAAGGAGCUGCUCAGGACAGUUUAGGAGCAGCUUACAUUGCAUUAGGCAAAUAUUCUGAAGCAAUUGAAUGCUACAAGCAGGUUGCUAGUAUUGCCGUUGCGUUAGGCGCAACCCAUGCAGAAGCUAGAGCAUAUUACAACAUAGGAAAUGCUAACAACUCGCUAGGUAAUAACGAAGAGGCAAUCAAAUAUUAUGAGAAGUAUUUAGUAGCGUUGAAUUUGCCAAUAGGCCAAAUUCAAGAGUUAGGGUCCUAUUUUGAAAAAUACCCAGGUAUCGCUAUUGCAACUAGCGAGUUCGAUUUAGUGAUCGAAUCAUUACGCAAUAUUGGAAAUAUCAAUAACAGAUUAGGAAAAUAUCAGGAAGCAUUGAAAUACUACAAGGGGUGCCUAGAAUUCUCAGUGAAAAUUGAUAAAAAGGAAGCCCAAAAAGCUUUAUUUUGUGACAUAGGGGUUAAUACCUAUGAGCUUAGGAGUUAUCGCGAGUCACUGGGAUAUUUCAAGAAAUAUCUUGAAAUGUGUGAAAUGUCUGGCGAUAAGAAGGGGGAGGUUAUAGCUUAUAAAAACUUAGGAAACGCGCAUUUUUGCCUCGAAGAUGAUGAUGAAGCACUAAGAUGCCAUGAAAAAAGUUUAAGCGUAGCAAUACAAAUCGAUGACAAGUAUGGGCAGCAAUGUGCUUAUCAAAACAUGGGACGUACAUAUGCAGGAAUAGGCAGAAAUGAGGAGGCAAUCGAAUCCUACAACAAAUAUUUAGCUACAGCCAGCGAUAUUGGCGAYAAGGCAGMGGAAAGAAGAGCGUAUGGAAAUCUCGGAGAUGCGUAUUCUGCUUUAGGAGAUUACAAAAGCGCAAUAGAAUUCCACAAUAAGAGCCUCAGCAUAGCAAGAGAAAGUGAAGAUAGAAAUGCAGAAUUGACAUCGUACGAAAAGAUAGGACUUGCCUAUUCACUGUCAGGAGAGUUAGGUCAGGCAGUAACUUGCUAUGAGAAGUUACUUGAUAGAACAGGUAAGAUAGUAGACAAACAACAACAACAACGGGUAUACAGUGCGUUAGGACGGUUACACGGYCARCUAAGUCAAUACCAAAAGGGCAUUGAAUGCUUUAAAAUGUGUAUACAAAYUUUGGAAGAAAGGGGUGAUAGKCGAGCAGAGGGGAAUGUACAUUGUAACUUAGGAAAUUUGUAUUUGAUGACAGGGCAGUACGCUGAGGCAAUCAAUUGUUAUGAAAAAUGCUUAGGUGUUGCUUUAGAAAGGAAGGAUAAGUCUUUGGAAUCAAAAGCGCARUGUAACUUAGGAAAUGCGUAUCAGGCAUUAGGAAAUGCAGCAGAAGCAAUUAAACAUCACAGAAAGAGUGCGGACAUUGCGAUUGAAAGUGGAGAACGUGAGGCUGAAGCACGAUCAUACUGCAUUCUAGGACAUCUAAGUUACCAAUCAGGAGAUUAUAAGAAAUCAAUAGAGUACCAGGAAAAAUAUUUGGAAAUUGUUCAGAUGAUAGGCGAUAAACAAGGAGAAUUAUUGGCUUGUAGAAACUUAGGGAGUGCUUAUUUAGCAUUAGGCAAACAUCAGGAAGCUAUUAAUUUUCACAAGAGAAGCGCGGAGAUAGCUGCAGAGUUGGGUGACAAACAUGGAGAAGGAAGAGCCUAUGAAUACAUAGGUUAUGCUUAUGCAUCAUCAAAAGACUACUUGAAGUCAAUUGAAAACCACGAGAAACAUCUUCAUAUUGCAGAAGCAAUUGGUGACAAAAGUGGUGCUGGAAAUGCUUGCAAUAGCAUUGGAGGUGGUCUAUUUUCUCUGUAUCUUAUUGGAAAAACCUGUCAGCACAAAGAGAAAUGCGUACAUCAUGACUCAGCAUUGACGCUAAGAAAAGCAGAACAUUUCCUUCGAGAGAGCCUUAAGUGGUACGAUGCAGUGUUUGAAGACCUUGGUAAGCACGACCAGUACAAGAUAAGCAUAGCAGAUAAGUUCCUCAGUACAUACGAAAUGCUUCUCGAACUUUACAUCGAGUCGGAACAAGCAGAAAAAGCAAUGCUCGUCUCGGAACGUAAAAGGGGUCGAGCCUUGGAAGACAUUCUGGCGUCAAAGUAUAAAGUGCCGAAAAAGGAGAAGUCUGUCUAUGACUUUCUUGGAUAUACAGAUAUCAAGAGUAAAGUUUUGUCGGGCGAGUCGUGUAUCUUAUUUUUCUCUGAUCUUCUGAGAUUGACAAAGAAUAAUAAUGAGCUAACUGUUGGCACUUGGAUCCUUGACUCAAACAAUGAUCACGUUUCAUUUUAUCGCAAUGAAUUUAAUGAAAUCAAAGGGMUUUCUCWAGAMGGAUUUUCUGACGAAGACAUCCUUAACAGCAAAGAUAUACUUCUCCAUCUCGUUGAUAAAAGCUACGUGUCAAUGUCUGUCAGAGGAGAAGCUACCUGUGAGAAUAGAUCAUUCACCAUCAAUGAUGAUUCAACCGCSCAAAGCUCACUUGAAGCACAAUCGACUUGCGCUAGGAGUGGCAAGAGAAACACUGUCGACGAAGAAUUUGACGGAGACUAUUUAGAGUUGCUCUUUGAUGCACUGAUCACUCCAGUAAAGCACAUGUUGACACAAGAUGAGAUUAUCAUCGUCCCUGACGGACCUUUGUUUAAAAUCCCAUUCUCAGCUUUACGAGAUCGUGAUGAAGAGAAAUAUUGGUCAGAGACAAAACGAMUUCGAAUUGUUCCCUCCUUGACAACAUUAACAAUUCUGAAAGAKUCUCCAGCGGAUUUACACAGUAUGAGAGGUGCACUUAUCAUUGGCGAUCCUGACGUCGAGGGAAAACGAAUGUUGAAAGACACUGCAAUAUCUUUCUCUGCAUUGCCAAAUGCUCGACGCGAAGCUGAAGAGAUAGCUAAAGUCCUUGGCGUGAAUGCACUAAUAGGAGAACAAGCAACCAAGCAAGUUGUCAAGGAACRRCUCAGGGAAGGUGUUGCUGUCAUCCACUUUGCAACACAUGGAUGUGCAGACAGUGGAGAAAUAGUACUCAGUCCACCCGAAUCUCUAAAGGGAACACAAACCAUACCUUCAGAGGACGACUAUCUGUUAACAAUCAAUGAAGUGSAAGAGAUUGGACUUCGAGCAAGACUUGUUGUGUUGAGCUGCUGCCAUAGCGGUCGUGGUGAGAUCAAAUCAGAGGGUGUGAUUGGAAUGAGUCGAGCCUUUCUUGCUGCCGGCGCCCUAGCUGUUGUKGCUUCUUUGUGGGCUGUAGAUGACUUAGGUACGAGAGUGUUCAUGCAGAAGUUCUACGCGCAAUUAAAGCAAGGGAAGAGUGCUAGUAGAAGUCUCCAACAAACCAUGAAAGAAAUGAGAGAGAUGAAGCAAUACGAAGAACCGAGUUUCUGGGCUCCUUUUGUCCUCAUUGGCGAAGAUGUGACUAUAAACCUAUGAAAAACAUUGUGAAUACAAGUUUAUAAUAGUUUCAUAACCUGCGUGAAGCCGCUUAUGGCUUGGAAUAGCAAGUAUAGCAUUACAUUUAUGAUAACUUUUUUACUUUUUUUUUAGCUUUUUUAAUUUCAUUAUCUUUUAUGACCCCUAAGUAUGGAAGGUUUACAGUUCUCUUAGCCUGAAUCGCUGUGUAGAUAGCGUUACCGUGUGAGCAAGUGAGCAAUAUAAAUAUAUUCAUCGGUGGUAAUUUGUAUAAUYAAUAAUUAGACAUCRAGGUCRAGUGGACUACGAGUUGAUUGUCUAUGAGCCCGUACUUGGCGCGUAGUUCACGAGGCAUAGUCGUCUAAUUAUUUUUGUAUCCAUCAAACUAAUGGCAACUUACCAUAAAAAGCAAUUUUGUCUUGACAUUUAACAUUUUUUCCACUAUUUUCGCAUUAUUCGAUGAGAACAUGGUCUAUCAUGAAUGUACCAUUGUUCAUUAGCCAAUGAAAACGCUUGAUUUGUUAGUGGAUAGUUUGGUGGAUACUAGUAAAUAAUUGUGUUGUAAUAGUGAUUUGUUUAUUGCAAUCAUUUGCAACAAUUCUGUCUGCUAAGAUAUACCAUUAUUUCGGGUUUAUCGUAUGUAAUUUCAUUUGAUUUCCACUCUUCGUUAACAAAUUCUGCUUCGKUGUUCAAUCAUAUUCUGUAGCAUACCAACAAAUUAAAGGCUUAUUGCUGAAGCCUCRUGUUUGCUAMAURAUGGUGUAUUUAUGCGAUGACUAGAARGUUGAAAUGAAUGUAACAAUGAACGAAAACAAAAAUGUAACAAAAUGUUACAACCGAAAGGAAAAACAGAAUUCGCACAUAACUGUAUUUUGUAUUUUCAUAUUAGAGAACAAACACUAAAACUGUGCAACAUAAAUACCACUAAAUWMUGCUAAAUUAUGCUAAUUCUAUUGUUUUCUAUUGUUUAAUUAACACUAUUU